ACGAUCUCCCACCAACCAACCAUUGAUCGCAUCCCCCGAGGCCACCAACCCUUUUUCUUGUUCGGCGGGGCGGGUUGUAAUCAAAAUCUUUGUGUUGGGUUUUGUUGAUUUUGAGGAGAAAAUGGGGAGUUUGGAGUUGGAGGGAUCGGAUGAAGAGGGCAUAGCCAAGAGGCUUUGGAACAAGUUCAAGAAUGAAAGGGCUUUGGCUCUUUAUAGCCCCUUUGUAGUUUGCUUGGCCUCUGGCGCUUUGGACCCCAACGCUUUUCUUCAUUGCAUCUCUCAAGAUGUCUACUUUCUUCAAGCUUUUGCUCAGGCGUAUGAACUAGCAGAGGAAUAUGCAGAUGAUGAGGAGGACAAGGAAGCCAUUGUCAAGUUGAGAAAGCGCGUCUUGAAGAGGUUGAGGAACCAAGAUGAGCUUAUUCGUGAGUGGGGCUUUGAGCCACCUAAAGAGAAUGAUUGCAACAAUGCAACGGUUAAAUACACAGAAUUCUUGAUGGAAACAGCCUCAGGGAAAGUUGGAGGAGAAAAAUUUUCUGUCAAAAUCGUCACACCUUUCGAGAAGACAAAAUUGGCUGCUUAUACCCUGAGCGCAAUUUCACCCUGCAUGAGGAUCUAUAGCUUUAUUAGCAAGGAGAUUCAGGCUCUUCUAAACCUUGAUGACACUGAAAACAUUUACAAGAAGUGGCUUAACAGUCUGUCCUCUCAAAAAUUUGAGGCGUCAGCUUCAAGCAUUGAAGACUUGCUAGAUAAAUUAAGCAUUUCUUUGACCGGUGAAGAACUAGAUGUUGUAGAAAGGCUCUAUCAUCGAGCCAUGAAACUUGAGUUAGAGUUCAUCUGGUCUCAACCAGUUGUUCAGCAAACCAUAGUUCCCUUUUCACGGAUCCACAACAGUGCUGAAGACAAUCUCAUCAUUUUUUGUGACUUUGACUUGACAUGUACUGCUAUUGAUUCCUCUGCCCUUCUAGCAGAGCUGGCAAUAAUAGCGGCAACCAAUGUUUCUGAACCUCCAGUGCCGUCGACUGAUAUCAGGACAACUUGGAACAAUCUUUUUGAACAGUACGUGGAAGAGUAUCGACAAUGCAUAGAAAGCAUCACUCCCAGUGAAGCAGACGGUGAUAAAUCUCCCCAAGUCGAGGGACUGGAUUAUGAAGGUCUAUGCAAAGCACUGGAGCAAAUAUCUGAUGUUGAGAAGAGCGCAACUUCAAGAGUUGUUGAUUCUACUGUAUUGAGAGGAUUAAACUUAGCAGAGAUAAGAAGGGCCGGCGAGCGGCUCACAUUUCAAGAUGGUUGUAGAAGAUUCCUUCAGGAUAUUAUGGAAAGUAAAAGUUCCAUGAAAGAAGUUCAUGUGCUGUCAUACUGUUGGUCUGGUGAUUUAAUCAAAUCUGCUUUACAAUCAGGGGAAGAGAACGUGUUCAACGUACAUUCAAACGACUUAGUUUACAAGGACUCUAUUUCCACUGGUGAAAUGAUCAGAAAGAUGGACUCCCCCAUGGACAAGCUUCGAGCAUUUAACAACGUCAUCAACUGCAGCAGCAACAGCGUUAAGCCCUCGACAGUUUACAUUGGAGGUUCAGUUGGUGAUUUGCUCUGUUUGUUGGAAGCAGAUAUUGGCAUUGUCAUUGGCUCCAGCAGCAGCCUAACGAGGCUCGGGAACCAUUUCGGCAUCUCUUUCGUUCCAUUGUUCCCUGGUUUAGUAGCCAAACAUAAAGAACUCGCAGAAACCGGCAGUCUAAUCCACAAGGGACCAUCUAACGUUCUUUACACAGUCUCUAAUUGGGACGAGAUAUACGCGUUCAUUUUGGGACAGUAGACCUCUCAUUCAUCCACCGCAAUAAAACGUGUGUAUACGCGGACAGAGUGAUUCUUGGAGUAGCUGGUUCUUCGAAGGUUACUUGUAUUUGAUCUUGUCAAUGGAAUAAGCUAGGCAACAGGUUGGCCCUUGAUCUAUUUUUCUGUGUUGAGGAAUGCUGGCCUGUGGUAGUAGUUUCAUGGAUUAGGUGCAGUGACAAUACAAAACGUUGCUGGAGAAGUGAGAAAAUUUCUUACACACUCGCAAUGUAUUAAACAAUGCUAUAACUAUGAUAUGAAGUGUAGCAUUUCAUCAGAAGCCAUGGGACUUGUUGAUUGCUUGGUUUGAGAUAA